UCUCCUGUGGUGAUAGAUAAGAAAACCCAAGCUGCUUUCUAUCUCCAAAUGUUCCCAAAUUUGAAGCUUCAAUAUGAGACAAUUCUCCACAUACUGCUAUAUUUCAAGUGGACUUGGAUUGGGGUAAUUUCUCGGCACGAUGAGAAUGGUGAGAGGUUUGAACAGAAUAUUAUCCCCAUGUUUGCCCAGAGAGGGAUCUGCUUUGAUUUCAUAGUAAGGCUUCUCAAAGUGUCUUAUUCCAGUGAUAUUAAUGAUAUGGUGGGAGAUGUAAUUGAGAAGACUGAAAUCAUUAUGAAGAGCACUGUCACUGCAUUGGUCAUUCAUGGUGAAAUCGAGACCAUGCUCAUCCUGAGGAUAUUUUCCAGGGCUUCAGCAUAUGAGCAUAUCUCAACAAAGAGAAAUGGUAAAGUCUGGAUUAUGACAGCCGAGAUGGAGUUCACUUCCAUUCCUCUUCAAAGAGAUUGGGACAUAGACUUCCUACAUGGUGCUGUAUCCUUUGCUGUUCACUCCAGUGAGGUUUUAGGAUUCCAGAAAUUUCUUCUGAUGAGAAAUCCUACUUCAGAGAAGGAAGAUGGCUUCGUUAGGGUUUUCUGGGAGCAGGCAUUUGGGUGUCAUUUCCCCAACACUACGGUAGACCUGCAGGAUGAAAAAAUCUGCAGUGGAGAGGAGAAGUUGGAGACUCUUCCUGCAUCUGUUUUUGAAAUGAGCAUGACUGGCCACAGCUACAGUGUCUACACAGCUGCCUUUGCUGUAGCACAUGCAUUGCAGGCCAUGCAUUCAUCCAGUUUCAAAGCCAGAAUGAUAGUAGAUGGAGGAGUAAAACUUCAGUAUCAAGAAUUAUGGAAGCUUCACCACUUUGUUAAAAGGAUCAUAUUUAAUAAUAGUGCUGGGGAAAAGGUUUCCUUCAAUGAAAAUGGAGAGCUAGAGGCUGGGUUUGAUGUUAUAAACUGGGUCACAUUUCCAAACCAGUCCUUUCAGAGAGUCAAAGUUGGAAAGAUAGACUUCAUGGCUCCCCAAGAAGAAGCGUUUAGCAUUUGUGAAGAAGCCAUUCUGUGGCCCAGCAGUUUUAACCAGGUGCAGCCCCGUUCUGCUUGUAAUGCCAAUUGCCCUGUGGGCUACCAUAAAGCAAAGAAGGAAGGGGAGCCAUUUUGUUGCUAUGACUGCAUUCUAUGUCCUGAAGGGAAGUUUUCCAACCAGAUGGACAUGGAUGAAUGCCUUCAGUGCCCACAAGAUCAUUACCCAAACAUGGAACGUGAUUUGUGUAUUCCAAAGGUCAUAAUUUUCUUGUCUUACGGAGAACCUUUGGGGAUCACUUUGACUGUUUUUGCUCUUUCCCUUUCUUUCACCACAGCUUUAGUGCUUUGGGUCUUCAUUAAACACAGAGACACACCCAUAGUCAGAGCCAACAACCGGAACCUCACGUAUACUCUCCUCUCCUCCCUCUUUCUCACCUUUCUUUGUGCUUUGUUAUUUAUCGGUCGACCAGAGAAAGUGAUGUGUCUCCUUCGACAAACAGCAUUUGGCAUCAUCUUUUCAGUGGCAGUUUCUUGUGUGUUGACAAAGACAGUCAUUGUGGUUCUUGCUUUCAAAGUCACCAAACCAGGUUCCAGCAUGAGGAAAUGGGUGGGGAAACAACAGGCCACCUCCAUUGUUCUUUCCUGCUCCCUGAUUCAAGCCGUUCUUUGUUGUGUAUGGCUGGCAAUGUCUCCCCCAUUCCCAGAUUUGGAUAUGCACUCUGUGACCAAAGAAAUUGUUCUGGAAUGUAAUGAAGGGUCAGUCACCAUGUUCUACUGUGUCUUGGGCUUUAUGGGCUUGCUGGCCAUUGUCAGCUUCACUGUAGCCUUCCUAGCCAGGAAGUUACCUGACAGUUUUAAUGAAGCCAAGUUCAUCACCUUCAGCAUGCUGGUAUUUUGCAGUGUGUGGCUGUCCUUUGUUCCCACCUAUCUGAGCACGAGAGGAAAAUAUAUGGUGGCUGUGGAGAUCUUUUCCAUUUUAGCCUCUAGUGCUGGUUUACUAAGCUGUAUAUUUUCCCCAAAAUGUUAUAUUAUUCUGGUGAGGCCUCAGCUGAACAGCAGGGAGCAACUAAGAAGAAGAAAGGAUUGA